CUGGUGUUCGACACCGUGGCCGAGUCUUUCCAGCAUAUGAUUUCGCCCGUCGAGGGCCCCCUUCUUGAGCUGUUUGAGAUGAACGACACUCUUGGAUUGUAUGCCUUCCGCGGUGGCACAGCUGAUCUUUGGGUGCUACAGGAUCACCACAGCUGGGCCUGGUCAAUGAAGCACCGGAUCAAAUUGCAGGUGGUGGCCUUCUCUCUAGUGCCGGACAUCCAAGGAGAUUUGCUCCUCCUUUCUCGAAAGGGAGAGACAGGCAUUCGGUGGCAAUAUCUGCAGUAUAUUUCUGGUGCCGAUGGCAGUUUGUCCACACGGUAUGAAUGGAGCGUGUUUCUGAAUCUUAAGAAACAUAGGUUCAGAGAAAGCCUUGUUCCGCAUUCCUUCUUCUUGAUGGAUGGCAAUAAUGAUGGUGGUGUGGAUGAAAAGCCGUUGUUCGACGGGUUGUCAACUGUGGCAGUGCUUCCUGAUGAUAAUUCUGAGCUUCAUUAAGGAAUCCGUGAUGGACAAGUCCAGUGAAUCGUUGCAGGAGUGAGUCACUCUUGAUGAUUUUGAAUUCUCAUCAUUUCUUAGUAGUAUGUUUUUGCUAACUAAGUUUGGAAUGUUCAAGGUAUCUGAUAAAGCAAAGAUGAGUAACCUGAUACCAUGCCUCAAGUUUCCGGUGCUUCCCAUCAACACAUUAUUUGUGUUUCCCAUCAACGCAUGAUUGGCAUGCAGAAUAAAGUGCUUAUGGUAUCAGGCUUAUUUAGUUUCUGCACUAUAAACUUUGUAAUAGGCUCUGCCAAUUUCGCUGCUGACUUGUGUGCGAAGGAGGCAACAUUAGCUAGGGCCACUUUGUUUCUCUGCAGGUCUUUGUAUGUAUACUUCAGUGGUUGGAUUUCUUGAUGUUGUCCAUUAUUGGCAUGAGCUACCAUGGUACAAUGACUCGACUACGGUUGCAACUUUGGCGAGAAUUUGGAGGCAUAUAGUUGUAUC